UGGAGCUCCAGGACGCUGCCAGGGCGCAUAACACAACGAAGAAGAUGGAACGAAAACGACUUCGGUUUUCGUGUAUUUUUCUGUCUCUCGCGUUCUCUUUCCCCCUGUCCUCGACCUGUCCUAGUCGGUGUCUUUGUGUCAGAACCACAGUGCGUUGCAUGCACUUGAUGCUGGACCACAUCCCCAAAGUAUCACCACAGACUACUAUCCUAGAUCUUCGAUUCAACAGAAUAAGAGAAAUUACACCUGGAGCAUUUAAGAAGAUGAAGAAUUUAAACACUUUGUUACUCAACAACAAUCAAAUUGAGUGGAUUCCUGAAAAAGCCUUUGAUGAUCUGGAAAACCUAAAAUACCUCUACCUGUAUAAAAAUGAAAUUCAAUCACUGGACAAGCAAGCAUUUAAAGGUUUACAUUCUUUAGAGCAGCUAUACAUUCACUUCAACCACAUAGGAACACUAGAGCCAGAUACAUUCAGUGGCCUUCCCAAACUGGAGAGAUUGUUUCUUCACAAUAACAAACUAACUCGAAUCCCAGAUGGAACCUUUCAUCAUCUGGACUCAUUGAAAAGACUGCGUUUAGACUCCAAUGGCCUAGUCUGUGAUUGUGAAUUAAUUUGGCUGGUUGAACUGAUGAAGGAGUAUGCAAAGAAUGGGAAUACUCAGGCCGCAGCAACCUGUGAGCAUCCUAAGAGGCUGCAAGGCAGGGCUGUUGCUACAGUAACAACAGAGGAGUUCAACUGUGAGAGACCUCGAAUCAUCUCAGAACCCAAGGAUAUUGAUGCCUCUAUGGGAAAUACUGUCUACUUUUCCUGCAGAGCUGAAGGCAGUCCCAAACCUGAAAUUAUCUGGAUCCAUAACAACACUGAAAUCGAUAUGAGGGUUGACAUCCGAUUAAAUCUGCUGGAAGAUGGCACAUUGAUGAUACAGAACACCAGAGAUUCUGACCAGGGGACUUACCAAUGCAUGGCCAAAAAUGUUGCUGGAGAGACAAAGACUCAGGGAGUGGUUUUAAGGUAUUUUGGUACCCCAAAUAAACCCAGUUUUGUGAUACAGCCCCAAAACACAGAGGUGCUUGUUGGCUCCAGCCUUACACUGGAAUGCAGUGCUACAGGAGAUCCCCAGCCACAUGUCACCUGGACAAGAGGGAAUGGAAGUCUGCUCAGCAAUUCCACUCAGUACACCAUCACAUCAUCAGGGGGUCUCUUUAUUCAGAAUGUCACUUUGGCAGAUCAUGGCGAGUUUAUCUGUCAUGCCAGUAAUAGUCAGGACUCCAUUCAGGCAUCAGCAAGCAUCAUUGUUCAAGCUCCUCCAAGGUUUACUAUGGUUCCCAGAGAUCAGGCUGUGAUAGAAGGUCACUCAGUGGACUUUCCAUGUGCAGCUGUUGGAAAUCCUUCUCCUGUCAUUGCAUGGACUAAAGCAGGGGGCCAGCUGCUCAGUGACAGAAGGCUAUCAGUGUUGUCAUCAGGGACUCUGCGGAUCAGUCGUGUGGCCCCACAUGACCAGGGCCAGUACGAGUGCCAGGCUGUCAGCGUAGCUGGAGUGAAAAGACUGCCAGUGCAGCUGACUGUGCUGGCCAAAGUUUUGCCUGUUUUUAUACAUGUACCUCAAGAUGCCUCGACUGAAGUGGGGCAAGAUGUGCAAAUUUCAUGCAGUGCUCUGGGAGAACCAACCCCCAUGAUCACCUGGACAAAGGAUGGCGUUCAAAUCACUGACAGUGGAAAGUUCCAUGUUAGCUCUGAAGGCCUACUAACCAUCCGAGAUGUUGGUCAGGCAGACAGAGGCAGAUAUGAGUGUGUGGCACGAAACGCCAUUGGCCAAUCUACCUCUAGUAUGGUGCUGAGUGUUGUAGUUCCAGAGGGAAGACGUGCAGGAGACAGUUUUGUUGAACCGUCAAUUCAUGAUGCAACUCAAAGGGUUGACAGUGCAAUCAAUUCAACACGUAGAGAUUUAUUUGACAAGCGACCUCGCACACCAAAUGACUUACUGGCUCUGUUCCGCUACCCAAGAGACCCUUUUACCAUUGAGACUGCUAGGGCCGGAGAAAUAUUUGAACAAACACUGCAUCUUAUUCAAGAACAUGUACAGCAGGGGCUAACUGUUGACCUCAAUGGCAUUGAGUUCCGCUACAAUGACCUGGUUUCACCACAUUACCUGGACCUCAUUGCCAACCUGUCUGGCUGCACUGCUCAUAGACGCUUCCCAAACUGUUCUGACAUCUGCUUCCACCAAAAGUACAGAACUCACGAUGGUACCUGUAACAACCUUCAGCAUCCCAUGUGGGGUGCAUCCUUAACUGCUUUUGAGAGAAUACUUAAGCCAGUAUAUGAGAAUGGUUUUAGUGUACCCAGAGGAGUUGGGCAUGAUGCAAAAUAUAAUGACUACCCAUUACCGAUGCCCAGACAAAUCUCCACUGCCAUGGUUGGCACUGAGACAGUAACUGCUGAUGACCGCUUCACACACAUGCUCAUGCAGUGGGGACAGUUUUUGGAUCAUGAUCUGGACCAGACUGUAGCAGCCCUCAGUAUGUCACGGUUUUCAGAUGGUAAACCCUGCAGCUCUGUGUGCACUAAUGACCCCCCCUGUUUUCCCAUCAUGAUACCUGAAAAUGAUCCCCGUGUGAAGAAUGCAAGGUGCAUGUUUUUUGUGCGUUCAAGUCCAGUCUGUGGUAGUGGAAUGACUUCAGUCCUUAUGAACUCUGUCUAUGCCAGGGAGCAGAUUAAUCACUUGACCUCCUAUAUUGAUGCAUCCAAUGUGUAUGGGAAUAGUGACCAUGAAUCUGCUGAGCUCCAGGACCUCUCCAGCCAGCACGGACUCCUGCAGAAAGGUAGUGAGUGGGGAAAUUCUGGAAAGCACCUUUUGCCCUUUGCCAGAGGACCACCCACUGAAUGCAUGCGGGAUGUGAAUGAAAGUCCUAUUCCGUGCUUCCUGGCUGGGGACCACCGUGCUAAUGAGCAGUUGGGCUUGACUGCCAUGCAUACCUUGUGGUUCAGAGAACACAACCGCAUUGCGGAGGAACUGUUGAAGCUCAAUCCUCAUUGGGAUGGAGAUACAGUGUAUCAUGAAGCCAGAAAGAUUGUAGGUGCUGAAAUGCAACACAUCACAUAUCGGGAGUGGCUACCCAAAAUCCUGGGGGAGGUGGGUAUGAAGCUGUUGGGGGAUUACAAGGCUUACAAUCCAAACAUCAAUGGAGGCAUUCUUAAUGCGUUUGCUACUGCUGCUUUCAGAUUUGGCCACACCUUGGUUAACCCAAUCCUGUACCGCUUGAAUGAAUCCUUUGGGGAAAUCCAAGAAGGUCACAUUCCUCUCCACAAGGCCUUCUUUUCUCCCCAUCGGAUUGUUCAGGAAGGAGGCAUAGAUCCCAUUCUCCGUGGCCUCUUUGGGGUGGCUGGCAAAAUGCGGGUUCCUUCUCAGCUUUUAAACAUGGAGUUGACUGAGAGACUUUUCUCCAUGGCUCACUCAGUGGCCUUGGACUUGGCUGCUAUGAACAUUCAAAGGGGCCGUGACCAUGGCAUUCCACCCUACAAGGACUACAGGGUGUUCUGUAAUCUGACUUCAGUGAAAGGUUUUGAUGAUCUAAAGAAUGAAAUCCGUAACCCUGAAAUCAGAGAAAAAUUGAAAAGGUUGUAUGGAACACCUCUAAACAUUGACCUUUGGCCUGCAUUAAUUGUGGAAGAUUUGAUUCCUGGAACUAGAGUGGGUCCAACUCUUCUGUGCCUGUUUGUUACACAGUUUCAGAGACUCAGAGAUGGAGACAGGUUCUGGUAUGAAAACCCAGGAGUGUUUAGCCCAUCUCAAGUCACACAGCUGCAGCAGGUGUCUUUGGCUCGUGUCCUAUGUGACAAUGGAGAUAAUAUUAAAGAGGUUCAGUCUGAUGUCUUUUUGAAAGCAGAUUAUCCCCAAGAAUAUAAAAGCUGUGAAGAGAUACCUAAAAUCGAUCUGAGAAUGUGGCAAGAUUGUUGUGAAGGUUGUAGAACACAAAGGCAAUUCAGUGCUUUAUCUAAACACUUUCACAGCAGACGCUCUGCAGACGUAAGCUAUCCUGAAGAAAGACAAUCCAAUUAUGUUUGGGAAAUAAAAAAUAAAAAAAGAUUAAAAGAUAACAGAGAAGAAGAAAGAAAUAAUUCCAUCGAAUACAUAGAGGACAAAAAAGGAUUUUCAGACCAAGAUUUCAACAGCUUUUUGACAGAAGUGCAACAAACAAUUUCAUCAUUAAGGGAUCAGAUAAAUAAUCUGGAGACUCUCCUGAGGAAGAAAAGUUGCAUGGAUGAAAAUGGUAACCACAGGAUAGAAGGAGAACGCUGGGACAAAGAUCCGUGCACAAGCUGUCAGUGCCAGAAAGAACAAAUUACUUGCUUUGUAGAAUCCUGUCCUGCAGCAGACUGCAAGAAACUCAUCAAAGUGAAAGGAAGAUGCUGCCCUGUUUGUUCAGUGGUUAAAAAUAGCAAAGGAGCCUCUACAAGCAGUUCAUAAACCCAAGUCAAAAGCAAGAGGUUUCAGAGCAUUUCAUAUAAUCUACUGACACAAAAACAUGUUAAGUGCUAGUAUGAGCUAGGUCAACCUCACAUGGUAAUAAACUAGAGAGAGAGAAACCUUUCCAGCACUAUAUAGUUUAUUUUUACCAUUACUAAUAAAUUGCAUAAAAUCUGUUCAAACAAAGAAUUAACCUUUGCGUUCGGAAUUUGCCACUCUUUUUAAUUUGACAAGUUAACUAUAUGCCUUGUACAUCAUCUUCAGUUCUAAAAAACAUGAAUAUUGCUGGCCAAUAUGGAUAUCACACUUUGAACCAAGACACAUUUUUAAUUUUUCAGUUUUAAAUAACUGAACGUUACUUAAAAAAAGUGCUGUAGCAGUCAUAGCCCAUCCUAAAUAUAAUUUGCAUAAAUAGAUCUUAAAAGUCACUGACUCAGUGCAGAUUAAAACAAUGAAUACAUACUGUGCUGUACAGAUACUGACACUGGCUAUCAAAUUUAAACACCAAAUAUAUAAUUUAUUUGGUAUAUUAUGACAUACUAAAUAUAUAAUAGGUAUAUUUCUGGCAUCUUUACUGCAAACAUUAAAUAUGUCAUUAAAUAUGUUCAAUUUUUAGAGAAACUAUAUAUACUAUAUAUAUAACUGUAUAUUUACUCUAGGUUGUCUGUCCCACAAUAUAUUUCAGUUAACUUAAAAUAUUUUAAAGGUGUUAAAGUUUACACUUCAUUUUGCAAACUAUUAACUCAUUACUCUUUUGUAGUGCAAUAGUUAGUACUAAAUAACUGUAUUAUGUUCUCUUACUUGGAUUGAUGGUAGAGUAUUCAGCUUUAUUUAUACUAUUUACUGUCUUUCAAAAGAACUGGGCAACUCAGUUGCUGGCUUGGUCCAAUGGUCUCAGUUUAUAAUAAGAGUGAAGAUAGAAUUCUGAGGAUAAGAUCUGAGGAAAAGCAUCAUUGCAAUCGUCCUACAGUAUAUACAGUGGCUAAUGUAAUAGACAUUAUCAAUGACUAUUGAUGGAUGUGAUUAACAAAGAUGAAAGUUAAUAAUUAUAACACAAACACAAAAGAACAGUAUUAUUUAAUUCAGAGAUGCUUGUAUGUUCUGAAGUGUUAAAUAAGUCAAGAUGUUUUGAAAACCAUGAUGUUUGCCUUUAAAACAUGGCAGUCAUUCAUACUGUAAUGACAUCUGGUGAAAUUGAUCAUCUGUGCUAUUACCCUCUGCAGCUGUGCUGUUUGUUUUCUUGAAUGUCAGAGAGAAAAAAUAGAUGGUUAGAAUUAUAGCAGAAAUACAAAGCUAUGUUUAAAAAGUUAAAAUCAUUUAAUUUUCAUCCAUUAUUUCUCAGCACAAUACUAUUUAGAUGUAAGACCGUUAUUAUGCGAGAAAAAGUAUCACAAUAUUUUAGUUAGCUCUGUAUGAAAACAUUCAUCUUACAUGUAAUUGUAUUUAUUAUAGAAAGUUGAUUAUUUACAGUCCUUGUAAGACAUAUAUACAGUAUAUACAUAUCAAGUAUAUGAAUGCCCAAACUUGCCAUUUUCCUUGAUAAAAUGUUAAAUGAAUAUUUAAAAUAUGCUCAUUAUACAAAACAGAAAUCUAAAUGGAUUUUCAGAAAACAUGAUUUGUUGGGAUUUCUUAACACCUAAUUCUAAUUUUACUUUAAAAAUUCAUUAUAUUUAAAUAUACAAAUUAUAAGUAAUAUCUCUAAGUAGAAUAUUUUAAACGAAGUGCCUAGCUACAUACAGUACAGUAUGAGCAAUACUUUUUGGUCCGACUUCAUGUUGUUAAAAUGUGAUUUUAUUUGGGAAUGGUGACAUUUUCAACAGAUUUUCAACAUAGAAAUAAGCAACAUUAUAUAAAUCUCUUUCUGUCUCAAAGUGUGACAUUUGAUAUAUUGCACACUCACUUUAAGCACACUGUUUUUGACAGUGCCUUGAAUUCAACAGUGGUUAAACAGUAUGAAUAAAUCAACAUUCUGAUAUUACUGUAUGUCACUGCUUUGAUUCAAAAAUUUAAAAUUCUUUAACAUGAAAAUAGAGAUCUUGGGGGAUGGUAUUUAUAAUGAUUUCUGGUCUUUUUUGGUAGACAAAACAGUAAGGAACAUACUAUAGUUAAGUAGCUUUCUGUUAUUAGCUACCAUACCUCAUAAAUCCACAAAGACAGGGAAAAGCUGUGGGAAUGGUGCUAUGUUUUACACCUUGAGAGAAAUCAAUAUUAAGCCUAAUUCAUUUAAUUUAUAUACAUGAAUAUAUACAAUUAUAUAAAAUUAAGAUUAAUGUACAGUCUCUGUGUUGGUUUUUUAACUCAUUCUUAUUUUCCUCUGUAUUGGUUUAUUUUUGUCAUUUUCAUUUAAUAUUUUAAUACUGCAGGGUUUUUCCAAAAGUAUUUUCUACUGGAAUCUUUAUAAAUUAAAUUUGUAGAAUGCAACUUGAAAUAACAGAGUAGAGUGAAGUUUUUUGGAACUGUAUGCAGAUAAACAUCUUUACAUUUUCAUGUUUUAGAGCACAGAACUAAGUGCAAAAGCAAUACUGAAACUGCACUGCACCACAUUGGAAACAUUUAUAUAGUAUAAAGUUGUGUUUGGGUUGUGCUAUGUACAGUAUAAGCAUUUACAGUAUGUAAUGUAUAAU